GUUCAUAACCUCCUUCAUAUUCGAAAAGGUUGUGAGUUGUUUCAGCAGGACGAUUCCAAUCUCACUGGUAUUCCAUCUAUACCCUUCAAAAAGAAAAAAUAAUACAGACGUUUCGAUUAGUGAAAGUUUAAAAAGAUGUAUCAACUGAAACCUUUAAUAGACUUUAAUGAUAAAUUAUCUACCAACAGUCCUAUGUAUUCUAUGAAGAAUAUCCAUACUAAAAACGUAAAUAGUGAUUGUAAUGAAGUGGUUUACGAUGAUGUAAUUUUAAAUAAUGUGGAAAAAAAACAAGACGAAUUAUUAAAACAAAUAAACGAGAUUAAAGACUUGUUGGCAAUCCUAAAAGCUGAGCUGUCAAAGCCAAAAAUAGCCAGUCCUGGAAAGGAGAAGCACAAGAUGCAUAACAAAAACGUUGACUUUUUGAAGAACGGUGUAAACUAUGAUGUUGUAUUAAAUGCAAGUGUGAAAAAUCCUCCAAAUUCCCUUUUAGUCCUGAAUAAACUGUGGCCUGACUUGGUAAAAUUUGAAUUUUCGUGGCAUGUUCAUUCAUCACUAAAAGGACUGCCUAAAAAUUUGCAGAAAUUUGAAAACCUUUCAGCUAAUGACAGCAAAAGUUCGACCAGCCAACUUAGGAUAAGAGUAGUUUGGAAAGAAGUUUGGUGUGAUUGUGAGCUGGUAGUUUCGCCUUUGAACUGCGCACCGCUUCUGGGUGAGGUCAAUUUUUUAAGAUUCCUCAAUAACAAUUUGUCUUACGAAGAAAUGGAUACUUCCACCCAAACUAUAUUUCAAACCAAAUUGGACAUCUGCCAUUGUCUUCAAUACUGUGAUAAUUUUCAGCAACAACAGGAAUACUACUCUGAUUUAAUUGAUGGGCUGGAAAAAAAUAAAUGGUUAGCUGGGAAUCAGUUAACGAUAGUUGACGUUGCUUGUUGGUCUGUCUUAACUAAUAUGAAAAAUCCAAAUCUCAAUUCAUCUUUAAGCAAAUGGUUUAAUAAUUGUAAUGCUUAUCUGACAAAGAGUAAUUGAUAAAUAAAUUAUAUGUAAAGAAUAAAGUUUUAUAU